UUUGUAGUGCGUGUUUGUUUUUAAUUUCGUGAUCUACAAUUUAACUUUUUAACCUUAAACAGAGUACAACUCCCAAGAAAGACUACGCUAUCUUUCUCUCUUUUUCUCUCUCUUUUCGUGUCUCUGUACCACACGGUUGUUCAAUUCUUCCGUCUUUUCCUUCUUGCAUCUCUUUUCCCUUUUUCUCCUAUCCUUCUUUUUCUUUCUUUCCCUCUUUCCCUUCCUCCUCCUCCUUCUCCUUCUCUUCCUCCACCUCCUCCACAAACCUCCACCGCCUUCUUGUUUCCCUUUCACCUCUCUCCGCUCUCCACGUUCUUUCUCGAUCUGUCUAUCCUUUCGGUUUUUCUGUUUCUCUCGCUCCUACGUUCGCUCCCCCUUCUCCUCAUCCUCCUUUUCCUUCGCACCUCCUCCUCCUUGCACAUAGUAUACCGACUUCGCUAUUUCUAAAAACGUAACGCAAUCGUGGCGACGUAUGCGAGGAGCGCGCCAGAGAAACCACGAGCGAGGAGGCGCGACGUACGAAACGCGAGUUGUAUUAAUUACCAGAAAAUAAAUCGUGCGGGAAACAAUCGGCAAAGCAAAAAGUGAUAUUACAGUGAGAUAUAACGGAAAGAUCUAUGUUAACGUUGUGCAAAACCGAACGUGAAAAGACUGCUAUCGUUUUAGAUCUUAAUCGCAACAUCGUCUGUCUCUUACUCGUUUACGUUUAACGUUCACUCUUUCUUCCGUCUCCCUCUCUUUGCAAUAUCUUUCUCUUUUAUUUUAUUUUUUUUCUCUCUCUUUUGUACAUUUAUUUUCUAUUUUCGCGUGACCGCCAUAGGAGUAAUCAAGUAAUUGCGAUGUGUGAUAAUACUAACACAACGACGCAAAGUAUAGCGGACUAUCUGUCACAGUUACUAAAAGAUAGAAAGCAGUUAGCUGCUUUCCCUAAUGUCUUCAUACAUGUAGAGCGCCUACUAGACGAAGAAAUCGCAAAAGUGCGGGCGAGUCUUUUCCAAAUCAGUGGUGUUAAGAAAGAACCACUGAUUUUACCAGAACCAGAGGGUAAAAUCAUCACGCUGACGGAGAAAGUUUAUGUACCGGUUAAAGAACAUCCAGACUUUAAUUUUGUUGGAAGAAUUCUUGGGCCGCGUGGAAUGACAGCCAAACAACUAGAACAAGAAACAGGAUGCAAAAUAAUGGUUAGGGGGAAAGGUUCUAUGAGGGACAAAAAAAAGGAGGAGCUAAACCGAGGGAAACCAAACUGGGAACAUCUGACGGAUGAACUGCAUGUUUUACUAACAGUCGAAGAUACAGAAAAUCGUGCCACUUUGAAGCUUGCCAGAGCCGUCGAAGAAGUGAAGAAACUUCUUGUUCCCGCUGAUGGAGAGGAUGAAUUGAAGAAACGACAACUAAUGGAGCUUGCUAUCAUAAAUGGUACCUAUCGAGAUUCUAACACGAAAGUGGCUGCAGCUUCCGCUUGCGACGAAGAAUGGAGACGCGUAGCUGCAGCUGCGGCGGAGACGCAACGGCUUCUUCCUGGCUUGGCCACGCCGAUGAGAACGCCGAGCGCUCCGCUCGGAGCACCGUUAAUACUCUCACCACGGAUAUCUGUUCCAACCACCGCCGCCUCUCUACUGAACGGAUCGGGUCCACCAGGAUCCCUUCUUUCUGCCGGUGAUCCUCAUGGGCUUAUUUACACGCCGUACGCCGAUUACGCCAACUACGCAGCCCUGGCAGCCUCGCCUCUUCUCACGGAAUACACAACUGCUGAUCAUUCUGAAUGGCGAGGGGGCCAGUCUACAUUUUUAGGGGGUCCAGACCCACCCUGGCCCCUACCUAAUUAUGCCAGUGCAGCAGCCGCUGCGAAACAACGUAGACACUUGGGUCAGAUUCGCGAGCACCCUUAUCAAAGGGCUGGUGCUUUAUCGUGAAUCCGGAGACCGAUAUUGCAAUACUGUUCGCGCCUCCGCGAAAAGGCUUGGAGUGCUAACAAUGGAAUCCACCCGCCCCGUGCUAACACCUGGACUCUGGAACACAACAUCCGCGUUUGAUCUUCGAUCUUCGAUCUACGAUCGGUUCACCAACCAGUAACCAGACGAGACAGACCACCUUCGCCACGUUCGCAUCACCAGCCCUGUUCGUCAACACGUUUAUAUAUCCAUCCUGUAUCCUCUUGGUCAUUCUAUUAUCACGGUGUACAGUCUCGAUUAAGUUGCUUUAUUCAUUUUAACCGGUUUAUUCAACUUUUCUUGGCAUUUUAUAUAAUAUAUCUAUACAAUAUGCCUCUGACCAGGUAAAUUGAAUAAUUAAUUCUAUUUACUUUCUACAUUCUCGUAUUCAUAGAUGACGAAUUUUUCAACAAACAAACGAAAUAUCUAUUUUUUUUUUUUAUUUAGUUAAAUUUAUUUGUAUAUUGUGCGUGGGUAUGUACAGUACUGGGCAUGGGAGACUUCUCCAGGAAAAAUGGCGACGUCUCGGAGUACCGGGCUGCCACCCCCACUCCGUAGAUGGCCGCAGGGAGAAUGACUAUGUGGGGGAAGAUGGUCUCAUAUGUAUAGGUCUGUCACCUCCCACCACUUGCGUACGAACGCUUACGCGGGAAAAUUUAAAUCAAUAUUUACUUGGUUGUUCAUACUUUUCAAUUGUAUAAUACAUUUUAUAAUAUUUAAUAAUUAAAAAUUAUAUUAUCUUGCUUCUAAAUCAUUUUUUUAAUAUUAAUAUCGUCAAAAUAAGGUUUUGAGAAUUCAUGCUUGCUCUAUAUCGCUAUUUUAUCUAAGGAAAUCUACUUUGCUCGAUACUGUACAUACUUGUAUAUAAUCAAAGGUAAACAUUUUUUCAAAUUAUUCUUUUGACUUUACUAUACAGCUUAUCAUCAGUUCUCUGUUUCUUUUUCUUUAUCUCUCUCAGAUUCAACGUUUUCUGUAGUAUACAUGUACAGAAUACUUUGAUUGGAAUUGUAAUAAAUUAAGUGCCUUCAGAUAAAAUGUUUGAUGAGAUGUGAUAUAUUUAGGAAAUAAUUAGGAAAAUUAAAUUCAAUGAAAAAUUAACAUUUUAUCAUAAAUGCAAAAUAUGAAUAAAAAUUCAUGUUUUUUAUUAUAUUCUUCUAUGUAUUACUUAAUGAAUCUCUGGUUAUUUAUUUGCACAUAUUAUGUAGUGUGCAAGAAAUGGUAAAAAAAUGCUUAAAAAAAAUAUAUGUAUAUAUAAGAUUUAUAAUAACAUUGAUUAAAUUUAAAAUUUCAGUAAUUAUUUCUCUAUUCUAUCACACCUUUUGAACAUUUUACACAUAGAUAAAUAGAGAAAGAAAAGAGAAAGAAAUAGAGCAUUUUAUAUUUAAAAUUGUUGUUUGCAAGCUAUACUCAUUUGCAUAAUAACUAUAUCGAUUUUAAAGUACUUACAUUCUUAAUAAAGCAAUAAAAUAAAAUUAGAGAAGGAAGCGAGAAGAAUAGGACGAAAAAUUGAAAUAUGUACUUUGUAUAAUUAAAGAACGAGAUACGUUCGUACAUAAUAGGUGCAAUAUAAAAUCAAAAUUUAUUUCCAUUUUGAUUUUUCUAAGUAGAAAUGAAAUUAAUACUAAUUAAGUCUAGUUCGACUCAGGAAAAAAGAAAGAAAACGUACAGUUUGAAAAAAAUAUUUUUCAUUACAAUUUUGUUAAUGUUAAGCGGAAAAAAAAUUUAUUUACAUAGACAAAGUUUUAUAUUAACAAUUAAACGAUAAUCGAUCGUUAUAUUAGUACAGAUCGAAACAUAACAAUGAAUAUUACAUAAUUUAAUAACAAGUUAUGUAGAAACAUGUAACUUGAAAGUUUUCUCGAGAUUGAUAACUCUUAUUAGUUUAAUGAAGAAACGCCUAAGGAGUAUAAGAAAAUCAAAAUAUACGAAUCUACUGAUUAGGCAUUAAGACGUGGUAGUUUCUUUUUAAAUAUGUUAGUUUGUUAUAUAGCAACAAAGAAUCUCCAGUUUUUAACAAAGAUAUAGAUAUAUAUAUAUACAUAUAUAUAUAUACAUAUAUUAUAUUAUAUUAUAUUUUAUUUUAUUUUAUUUUAUUUUAUUCUAAUGUUUUGUAAUUUAAAAAAUCUGUUAUAUAACAUUGUGGU